AUGCGGUAUCUCCCGUCGACGAUUGUCGACCUGGUCAUGCCCUGCUUAAAGUCUGUCUUCUCCUGUCGUCAUGCUCAAAAUUUUUCUUUCUCUCAGGUCAACAACGUCUUAUAUAUAUAACAAUUUUUAAUUUCUUCUACAAACCGGCUAUUGUGCAUUGCAUUGUUCUUCCUACGUAGGAUAGUGCUCUCAUCAUGGCGCCUCCGACUUAUGCGGGGAUGUCAGGGCGGAAACUGUCCCUGACAGUCUCUACCAUUGCGACAAUGGGCUUUUUACUUUUCGGAUAUGAUCAGGGUGUGAUGUCGGGCAUCAUCUCGGAUCCCGCCUUCAAUGACAUGUUUACGGCAACGAAAGGCGAUAACACCAUGCAGGCUACUGUAACUGCAGUCUAUGAAGUUGGUUGCCUCUUCGGCGCAAUUCUUGCAUUGUUGUUUGGCGAUCGGCUGGGUCGCCGGUGGAUGGUUAUCAUAGGUGCGACUGUCAUGAUUGUCGGCGUCGUCAUUCAGGUGUCUGCUAUGCCAGGCUCGCUUCCUCUACUUCAAUUUAUCUUCGGUCGAGUCAUUACCGGCAUUGGAAAUGGAAUGAACACCUCCACAAUUCCUACAUAUCAAGCCGAGUGUUCCAAAACCAGUAAUCGAGGACUUCUCAUUUGCAUUGAAGGUGGUAUCAUUGCAAUUGGCACAGCCAUUGCUUACUGGAUCGAUUAUGGCGCGCACUACGGCCCGCAAGAUCUGGUUUGGAGAUUCCCAAUCGCGUUCCAGGUCUUGUUUGGUAUCAUCAUCAUUGUGGGCAUGGUAUACCUUCCGGAAUCACCUCGCUAUCUCAUCGCUCACGACAAAAUCGCCGACGGUGAGCGGGUUCUAGCCGCGCUGGCAGGUACCGAGAUUGAUGAUCACCACACUCAGUUGGAAAAGACCCUGAUUUUAGAUUCCGUCCGAGCUUCGGGUGCCGUAAAGGCCAAGUUUACCGAUCUGCUUACCGGUGGCCCCUCUCAACAUCUGCGUCGUAUGCUGGUCGGUUCAUCCUCGCAGAUGUUCCAGCAGAUCUCUGGUUGCAACGCUGUCAUCUACUAUCUCCCAGUCUUGCUCGAACAAUCUAUCGGCCAAUCCCAUAACUUUGCGCUCUUAAUAGGUGGUAUCAACAUGAUCUGCUACGCUAUCUUCGCAACAUUCUCUUGGUUCUUCAUUGAAAAGAUCGGUCGCCGAAAGUUAUUCCUCGGGGGCAGUUAUGGGCAGUGCGCUGCAAUGAUCAUUGUAUUCGGGUGCCUUAUCCCUGGAGACUCCCAAACCGCGAAGGGUGCCGUCUUCGGCUUCUUCCUCUACAUGUGUUUCUUCGGUGCCACCUGGCUGCCCCUGCCAUGGCUCUAUCCUGCCGAACUUUCCCCUAUCAAGACCAGAGCCAAGGCCAAUGCUAUUUCCACUUGCAACAACUGGCUGUUCAACUUUACCGUGGUCAUGAUCACCCCUGUGAUGGUGGAACAUAUCGGCUGGGGCACAUAUCUGUUCUUCGCUGCCUGGAACGCUGUUUUCAUUCCAAUCAUCUGGUUCUUCUACCCAGAAACCGCAGGUCGUAGUCUGGAAGAAAUCGACCUGAUCUUCGCCAAGGGCUAUGUCGAGAAGAUGAACUACGUGCGUGCCUCGAAAGAACUCCCCAAGCUCUCGGACGAGGAGAUCGAGGCCAAGGCAGCCGAAUACGGCAUUCUCAACAACGACGAGAAGAUCGAAGAGAGAAUCGCCGAGCAUCACCCUCCGGAUUCUCAGGAAUACUCCUCCUACCUGCCUACUCAGAUGUAAAGACAUGGUGG